AUGGCCGCCUAAUAGAAAGUCGGGCCAUUUUGUGGUGACACCGCAUUAUAAAAGGAGCAGCCGACGAGUGAACAUCAGCUGGCCGCGAUUCGACGGCGAUCAGCUCAAAAAGUACACCGCGGAUCGAGAAACGAGCAUGGCUAUCUGUCAAACGUCUGUGAAACGCUUGUACCAAAGUGUCAUCGACGAUGUCAUCACAAACAUUAAGGACACCUUCCUCGACGAAGGCAUCGACGAUCAGGUUUUGACCGAGUUGAAGCAGAUGUGGGAAGCAAAACUGUCGAGCCUGAAGGCGCUGGAGCCGCUGCCGGAGCCGCCAGAGCCGCAACCACCCACCCUGAGCACCCACAUGCGGGCGACGAACGUCACCAGCAACGCGGUGAAAAACACCACUUUGAUUCCCCACCAGACUGUCACCAAAACCGCCGCCCCAGCGUUGGUCGCCGCCACCUCGAAUGCGACACCGACCACGGCCACCAACUCGACGGUCCUGCAGACGGCCGCGAUCGCGAACAUCGCCGACCUGGGCAGGAUGGUGCCGAUCCAGAUCACCCUGCCUCCUCAGCCGGGCAGUACCGAGACACAGCCCAGAGUCCUCAACAUCCAAGUUCCUGCUGCAGCUCUUCAAGGCAACCAACUACAUCAAAUUUUGUCGGGCCCAGUGAUGACGGCCACCCUGGCACUGCCCCCUGCCGUUGCUUCCACUCUGCUGCAGAACCACAUUAUUGCUGCUCUCUCAGGGCAAGCACAAGCCAACUCAGUGCGGAUGGUGACCGCCCAGGCUGUGCCAGUCACGCAAGCUGCACCGAACCUGGCCGCCGCCUCCACUGUGGCGCAGCAGCAAGGGCAACAUCGAGUGUUUCAGGUAGAUGGGCUUGGUGACUCGUCUGACGAUGAUGUGGACGAUGAUGACGCUGAAGAUGAUGAUGACGAUGACGUAGACUCUGCCAAAGACGACUCCGCUGGCGAGGAGUCUGGUGGAAACGAAGAGGAGCCUUUGAAUUCCGGUGAUGAUGUUAGUGAUGAAGAUGUAGCUGAACAAUUCGACACAGACAACGUGGUUGUGUGCCAAUAUGACAAGGUUACCCGCAGUCGUAACAAGUGGAAAUUUUACUUGAAAGACGGCAUCAUGAAUCUCAACGGCCGAGAUUUUGUGUUCCAAAAGGCUAAUGGUGAUGCGGAGUGGUAAAGCCUGCAGAGUCGAGUGUGUGUCAAAUCGAUUUUCGAGUCGCAGAAAUUUCGCAUCGCAUAAUUGUUGUCCAAAGAUUCUUAAAUUAAUUUGGUUGUGCUGCUCUUAUUUACGAGAACAACGACACCACCGGCGCAUCAUUGUGCUUUUAGUUAUACCAGGGUAAAUUUGCAAUGAACCUUUUAAAGUGCUCCUGAGUUGUCUUUUGUUACUUAGACUACUGAUUAGAAUUUUGAAUGGAGGAGCAUCUGAAAAAAUAUCCAACUGGAUGAUAUGUUGAGCUGUUGUGAAUGAAUUACACGGGAAUCAUUAUGUCUGAACCCCCCAAUUGCGCAGUAUUUCUUAACAUGACUAAAUUAAUAUAAUGUUCACAACUUGCUGUAAAUGUAUUAAAAAGAAAUAAAAAUAUUUUUGUUUCUGCAUACAA